GCGGAGUGACUGCUCGCUGGGUGGUCCCGGCCGCAGGUGGGCGGGACGUGUGGGAGGAGAGGUGGUUCCGUUUCCGCUAAGAGCCGGAAGUUACUGUCUCUCGGGUGAACGAAGCUGUCCCAACGAGAGAAGGCGAGUGUAGGUGGUACCCAGGGCUGGACUUCGGGAAAAAAAAACAAAACAGUGCCCUGGCAGGCGAGAGCAUGGACUACAGAACCGACUAUACAUCUUAAUAAAGCCUACAAGGUUUGCCCUCUUGCAGACAUGGGGCGCAGAAAGUCAAAACGGAAGCCACCCCCGAAGAAGAAGAUGACAGGCACCCUAGAGACCCAGUUCACCUGUCCCUUCUGCAACCAUGAGAAGUCUUGUGAUGUGAAAAUGGACCGUGCCCGUAACACCGGAGUCAUUUCUUGUACUGUGUGCCUAGAGGAAUUCCAGACGCCCAUCACAUAUCUCUCAGAACCAGUGGAUGUCUAUAGCGAUUGGAUAGAUGCCUGUGAGGCAGCCAAUCAGUAGCAACACAGAGGACCCACCCCCUUGGCAGCCCCACAGCUGUGGCCCCACCCACUGGGUACCAAUCCAGAGACAUUCCUGGGGUCUAGGGUGGGUCCAGGGCCCUCACAGCUCUGUGUGUGUGUGUGUGUGUAUAGUGGGUGUGGGUGAGUGUUGUGGGCGUGACUGUGUGGCUGCAAGUGUGGCCGUGGGUUAUGCACAUGGACAGGGGAGGGAGUUGAGUUGGUAGGCCCUGGGAGCCUGAACUGCCUCCUUUGGCUACGAAAGCCUUUGAUUUGCUUCCUCCUCUGGCCCCUGACUCCCCUGGCUCUGAGGCCCUGGCUCCCCCUGGGGCCGAUGUCCUGACAGCCUGAGUGAGGUCAAGCCCUGCAGAGACAGCCUCGAGACUCCAGCCUCCUCACCCACCUCCCCAGCACUCACCCAUUUGAACUGGAUUGCCCGCCCUCCUUCCCUGCCUUCCAAGGCCUGUGGCCUGGGAUUCAAAGCCACAAGCCCCUCGGCUGGGCCCUGGUAGGGCAACCCUGAUUCGUGUUUAGUUGCUUUUAUAGAGGAUGGAGAGGCCGGGUCUGGGAAAACUAUUGGUCACUAACCCUGAAAUAAAGCAGCCGAUGCAAACUCCUUGCUCUCUGAUUUCCUGGGUUCUGGUCAGCCCCAGGAGCUCAACAAGCAGGGAGGGAGAGACUAACUUGGCAGGCCAUUGGAAGUGGGGUUUGGUCAGUCCUUCAAACUGUCCAACAUUUGUCCACUCUACAAGCAUUCAAGGUGAAACCAGGGCAGUGCUGGGCACACGGGACAUCGACGGACCUGCAGACAUCUGGGCAAGUCCUUAGUCCCAAUGAGAAACAGGGCCAACAGAGCCUGUAGUGGGGAACGGGGGGUCAGGGCAGGCCUAGCCUUUCCUGAGGGAGUGAUGCUCAAGGGCCACCCUGUGCCAGACGCUGCUGCUCUCAGGCUUGCCUGCCUUACCCUGAGUCCCAGCAGCCACCCUGUGAGGCAGGUGCCUCAGGCUCACAGAUGAGGAAACAGGCCAGAGAUGGGAGGUCACUGGCCCAAGACCCCACAGCCAGAAGGUGGCACAGCUCGUCCUUGAACCUGGGAGACCUGGCUGCACAGCCCAGGGUUCAGGCUAAGGAAACAGCUCGUGGCUUCCUGGGGGCUGUAGGAGAUGGGGAGCUCGGAAGAGGAAGAGUCCACAAAAGGCACUUUUGUCCAAGGGUGGUGAAAAGUCUUGAAGGCUGGAGGUGGUGCUAGAUGCAGGUGUGUGUUACAAUAAAUAUUGGUCUUUGUCCCUGGUUCAAGGCACAGAGCUCUUAAAACCCUUGAAAUCUCCUGAGCAAUCACCCAGGAUGGGGCUGGUCAUCAGAAAGACCGAGUGAUUAUUGAAUGGGAACUGGCAGCCUCACCUAUCCACCACUGGGAAGAGGAAGUGGGCAGCUGCAGAUUAAGUUCUCUUAAAAACUUGAACAAGAUUUGAUGAGCUGGGUUGGCGAACAUGUGGAGGUGCUAGGAGAGGGCAUAGAAGCUCUGUGCCCCUUUCCCCGUGCCUUGCCUCAUGCAUUGCUUCCACCUGGCUGUUCUGAGUUAUAUCCUCUUAUAAUAAACCAGUAAUCUAAUAAGUGAAA